CUGCCGGCUGCUCGCGCCGCAACUACCUUGCGUCAGUCAACUUGCCGAGCAUCGGGGUCUCUGCACCAUAGGUUGUCAGUGGUGUGCGUAUGCUGCGCUGACGCCGAUAAUAAACGAGCUGCAAGAAUACUUUAGUGUACCUCAUUUGGACAAAGAACAGUUUCAUAAUAGUAUGAAAUUAACAUAUUAGCCAAAUUUCCAGAUACUUUUAACACGUCUCUCAUUGCAUAUUACCCCAAAUGGCAGGAAUUUUAGAAGCGUUUCUAUUGUGUGCUGUCAUAUCUUGGCUUUUCUUCAAGUGUGGUUUGCAAGAAAUGGUGGAUGUUGUUGCAACUCGGCUUCAGCAGUUGAAUAUUCAGUGGGAACAGAAAUGGAAACCACACAACAAAUUGGCCAAUGUAGAAGCCUUUAGAGAUCAACAGAAACAUUCCUUUGCAAGUCUAAGACGUUAUGGUUACCAAGAACGUAAUCGUCAACGUUUGGCCAUCAGGGACAACAUCAGGAUUACCCUGAAUAGAAAACAGUUUCUUAUUAAGGAAGUCCCGUGGGACAUCAAGCUGAGCUGUAAAGGAAGACCAUUCAUGGGUCUGUGUUGCAGUACAUGUACACCGACCAGUCAGCAAAAUUAUUCAAAACCGGCCAAAUUUAAUAAUGUACGUGACGUUCUUCUGGCAAAUACUGCCGAAUAUAGAAACGGAUUCUUGUCAAGAAACCUUUGCCACCUCACAACUGUGUGGAAUCUUAAAAAAUAUGAAUACCCAUACAUUUAUACAAGUGUAUUACGCGACGAAAGAUUACAACAAGCAUGUGGAAUGGCAGCAGAUCAAGACAUGAGAGAAAUGAGCCAGAAGAGUGAAGACAUAUAUCAGAAGCUUGUAAAGAAACAUGAAAAAAGGGCUGCUCAAAUUUUAUGCAACAUGUGUUCAACGUUAUCAGAUUUUCUACUAAGGUUAACUUCAUGGGUGCUGUACAAAUUACUGCCCUGUUUCUUGACACGGAUUGUGGCACAUCCGGGACAAAUUCAGAUGUUGCAUCUGGCAAGUAGAAGAGGGGUGCCUCUCAUUUUUCUUCCACUACACCGCAGUCACUUAGAUUACAUAUUGAUUUCUUUUAUUCUUCUCAACAACAAUAUCCGUUCACCCCUAGUUGCAGCUGGAGAUAACCUAAACAUUCCUGUGUUUGGAUGGCUCUUGAGAGGCCUAGGAGCAUUCUUUAUUAAGAGACGAAUUGAUCCAGCAGUUGGUCGACGUGAUAUAAUAUACCGAGCAGUUUUACAUACAUACAUGAUUGAGUGCCUUCGGGCAGGUCACAAUAUGGAAUUCUUCAUUGAAGGUGGAAGAACUAGAACUGGAAAACCAUGCUUUCCUAAAGGGGGCCUUUUAAGUGUCAUUGUUGAUGCAUACAUGGAUGGCACAAUUGAAGAUGCUCUACUUGUGCCAGUGAGUGUAAAUUAUGAGAAACUUGUAGAUGGCAAUUUUGUACGAGAGCUUCUAGGCCAACCCAAGCAGAUGGAAACAUUCACUCGUGCAAUUCGUGGCAUCUGGAAAGUUCUGAGUUCAAACUAUGGAACAAUGAGAAUAGAUUUCAACCAACCUUUCUCGUUGAGGGAACUUGUGCAGUCAUUCCAAUCACUUAACAAGCAGAAAUCAAAAUUCUUUUCUGACAACAUUGGAGAUAACACAUAUAAUCAGUACCUGAGUCCAAGUGAUGGUAAUGCAAACAACUUGACCAUGGAAUGCAACAAAAAUUUCCAUUCGGCUCCAUCAAGUACUUCACUUUAUGGUACGGACUUUGUUGAUGAAGAACAUAGGUUGCUGGUAGAAAGUAUUGCUAGGCAUAUCCUAUUCGAUGCCAGUUGUUCCACAGCAGUCAUGUCUACCAAUGCAGUAGCAUUUCUGCUGCUGGGAAAAUUUAGGACUGGCGCUACUGUUUGUCAGCUUGUUCAAGAAUUGGACAGGUUACGUGAUGACCUACAUCUUGCUGAAAGAGAUACAGGUUUCUCGGGACAUUCCGUUGAUGUCAUUAAUCAUGCUCUUGAACUUCUGGGUCCUGGCCUCGUUAGAAAAGACAGACGAGUGGUUUCUUUAGACGGCCAGUCAGAACCAGAACCUACUGUUUUUAUUGAGCCAGUUACUAUGCUGCCUAAUGUUAUAGAACUGUAUUAUUAUAGCAGUGCAUUACUUCCAUUCUUUGCUGUGGAAGCUGCACUAGGUUCUUCCCUUUGUUCUCUCAUACAAUGGGAGUGUCAGUCACCACAAACGAAACAGAUAUCUGAAGAAGCUAUCAUACUGCGGGCCUAUGAACUGUGUAAUAUACUUCAGUUUGAAUUCAUCUUCUGCAAACCUUGUCAGAUGUUGGAAAAUGUCAUCAUUGACAAGCUAGACAAUUUCAAGUACAAAGACAUUUUGUCACAGGAUAUAGUAUGUUACACAGAAGAGCAGGAGAGGAGUCGAAGACUAGCAAGAUACAUUUUGCCAGAUGAUAGUUCAGAUGAAGAAUCAUACACAAAGCCUACACAUUAUGUGGUAAAUCUUGAUGCAAAAUCCAUAGAGCAUCUGAGAUAUUUUGAAGGUCUUUUAAGACCAUUGAUCGAUACAUAUGCUAUUAGCGCAGAAGUUCUGAGUCGCCUUGUAGGCCGGCAACUGCUCGAGAAGGAACUGGUUCAAGAAAUUCUAGCAGAAAUCAAAACACAGAUUGACCUUGGUCACUGCUUUCAUGAGGAAAGUUUGUCUGUUGAACUUGUGAAGAAUUCGCUUAAGUUGUUUGAACAUUGGGGUCUGCUGGAGUGCCAUACACAAGAAAAAAUCAAAUUAUAUUAUUUGAAAGAAGAAUUUGAUUCCGAACAUCAAGUGCAGAAAAUUUUUGACAAGAUUCAAAAAUUCAGGAUCAUCAAGAGAUGAACUUAGCAUCACGUUUGUGCAGUAUAUAUAACAUUACAGUGAUUCAAAACUGUUCAGUUCAAUUAAGGUUCUUUAUUUUUCCUCCUUUGCCCAUUGUCAUCUAGGUUUUACUUUCCCUGAUGAUAUGUAAAAUCAAGAAAUUGUUGUACAUACACAACCAUAGACAUAAUUUUUGCAGAUUAUCAGACACGAUUUUCUGCUAUAAAAUCCAUUAUUGAUUGCAGAUUCUGCAGCUUUAACGGAAAAAGUCCUGUAUCUGAGAUAUGUAUUCUUAGAGAAUGGAAUAAUGUAAAAUAAUUGUCCUCAGUGGCAUAUAUUUUGUGAGAGUUCUCACAGUUGUACAUACUUAGAAUAAUUUUAAAUACAGUACAAUAAAGUUUAUAUUUUGUUUGUAGUUGUGUGUGGUAACGGGAUUAAUUAUCUUCACUGUUUUGUUCAUUGAUCAACUCAUUACUGUUUCAAAAAUAGUGCUAUUAUUUUUGAUAACAGGAGACUCACUAUUUUUCUAGUUUCAUCUAAACAAAUGGACAUAUGGUGUUGACACUUUCAUGCUUGCAACACAUUAAAAUGAACACUGAGGUGGUAUUUGCAGUGGUAUAUUCUUACAGUCAUGUAUACAUAAAACUUAGCUGUUCAGUGGCAGAUAAUAGCACCAAUUUUGACAGCAUAACAUCAGAAAUUAUUUAAAACUGGGUAAACACACUGCAGUCAUAUUGUGAUUUAAUAGCUAUUCUUUUAAUGAAGAUUAUCUUACAUCUAAGUCUUUCAGUAUAAAGCAGAAGAAAUAAUUAAAAUUCAUGAUCAUGCAGAGAAACCUGUUGCAACAUGUUUGUGAUUUAGACAUCCAUGAUGUACUUAUGGACUUAGUGACUUUCAGUAGCAAGUGAUACAAUUUUAGAAGUGGCACAACUGCAGUAGAUAAUCCAUGGUUAUUGAAUGUGAUAUCCUUCAAAAAUAAAAAAGGUAUACUGAAAAUACCAGUUAGCCAGUGAAUAUCAGAUUCAUGCUAGUUCAUUUUAAUGUGGACUGUCAUAUAAGAGUUCCUAAUUUUAUUGACAUCGGAAAACUAUGUUACAAAUGGGGAAAGAGGAACCAAAACAGAAAAUAAAAUUGGGAUGUGCAACAAUAGUUGGCAAUAUUCAAUACUGAGAUGCACUAUCGUGCAAGGUGCAUUCAGAAAGUAAAUUCCAAUGCCUGGUAAAGAAAAUAAAAGCUUCCCAAUUA